AUGGAUGGUGGGCGCCUGCCCCUCGAAACCUGGUUCUGGGAGAUGCCCAUUUGUACCCGCUGGUGGACGGCUGCGACCAUCAUGACGAGCGCUCUUGUUCAGUGUCAUAUGGUCACCCCGUUUCAAUUGUUCUUCAGCUUUCGCGCCGUUUUUGGCAAGUCACAGUACUGGCGACUAUUGACGACAUUUCUCUAUUUCGGACCGUUUUCACUCGACUUGCUCUUCCAUGUGUACUUCCUGCAACGAUAUGCCCGGCUUCUCGAAGAAUCUUCUGGUCGAUCGCCUGCUCACUUUUCCUGGCUGCUCAUGUACGCGAUGGCGAGCCUCAUUGCGCUAUCGCCUCUCGUCUCCAUGCCUUUCUUGGGUCAGCCCUUAUCUUCCACGCUCGUCUACAUCUGGUCGCGACGCAACCCCGACACACGUUUAAGCUUCUUAGGCUUGUUAGUGUUCACCGCGCCGUAUCUGCCUUGGGUCCUGAUGGGCUUCAGCCUUGUCAUGCAUGGUAGCGUUCCCAGGGACGAGAUCAUGGGCGUUAUAAUAGGACAUGUCUGGUAUUUUUUCAACGACGUGUAUCCGCCACUACACAACGAAUCUCGACCAUUCGACCCUCCGAGAUGGUGGAGACGCAUUUUUGAAGGUCGCGCAGCGGGCAACGAAGGCAAUAACAACGGCAACGACCUCAUAGUAGCCGAGCCCAGGGAUAUGGCUGUACCCGAUGUGGCGCCACAAGACGGGUGA